AUUGGCUUCUCCUAUCACUCCUCCUCCUUCUCACCGUCCUGUACUACAAGUGGUCCAGGAAGGAGUUUAGUCUCUUGCCUUCUCCAGGUGCAUCUCUGCCACUGAUAGGUCACUACAAGAUAUUCACCCAUGGUUCAGAUCCAGCAACCCUCAUUUGGGAUCUAUACAGGAAAUACUCAUCAAAUGGAAUGAUGCUUUUGAAUGUUUUUGGGCUAAACCAAAUGUGCAGAACCGAGGACACAAUGAUUAUAGAAAAUGUGGAAUGGCUAACAAAAUUUCCAUUGACCGCGGAACUAAUCCAGGACCCAUUGCUGGUGUUACCAUGAGCCAGGGCAAAGCUUGGAUAGAGCAAAGGCGAACAGCACUUAAAGUUCUUCGCGACUUUGGUUUUGGCAAAUCAACCAUGGAGGAGAUGAUUCAAGAUAAAGAGCAGUUUAUCGCAUAUUUGAAACAGAUCUCUUGUACACCUAUUGAUAUUGCAGGAAAAUUUAACUUCCCCAUUCUAAACGCCUUGUGGAAAAUCAGAGUGGGUGAGAGUUUUGAGUACAGUGAUCCCAAACUGAUUGAAAUGCUAGAGAAAUUAAAAGAAUUGUUUCAAAAGUUAGCAAAGCCAACUGGUGUUUUUGCUAUAGUAUAUCCAUGGCUAUUCAAAAUAUUUCAACGUCAACUUGACAUAGAAGUUAACCAAGCAAUUGCAAACCUGGUUCGUAAUAGCAUUGAACAGCACAAAAAAACUCUGGAUGUUAACUCUCCUAGGGAUAUUAUUGAUACCAUGCUCAUUGAGAUAGAGAACACAACAGACAAAGAAUCAAGCUUUUAUCAAGAUGUGGGGUAUAAUCACCUUGUUAACACUCUAAUAGAUCUUUUUAUUGCCGGCUCUGAAACCACAUCAACUACCCUCACCUGGGCAGUCCUCUACAUGGUUAGAGAGCCAGAUAUUCAGAGAAAGGUUCAAACUGAACUUGAUACUGUAGUGGGGGGAUCAAGGUUGCCAAGUCUUGCAGAUCGACCAAAUCUACCGUACACCGAGGCUGUUCUUAUGGAGAUUCAGAGAUGUGCCAAUAUUGUGCCCAAUGGUGUACAUCACAUGUCAAACAAGCCUGUCCAUGUAAAUGGAAUGAUAAUUCCAGCCAACACUAUGAUCAGUCCUUGCUUCACUGAAAUACUUAAAGGAGAUUACUGGGGGGAUGGAAUGGUUUUUAGACCUGAAAGAUUUCUUGAUGAAUCCGGUGCAGUGAAGUUUGAUGAGCAUUUUAUUCCAUUCUCUAUUGGUAAACGACGAUGUCUGGGUGAGACCUUGGCAAAGGCAGAACUUUUUCUGUUCUUUGCUAGUAUUGUUCAACAGUUUCACCUUCAACCAGAGAUCAGUGGAAUGCUUCCAACAGAGGACUGUAUCACUGGAAUUACAGUACUUCCAAAACAAUUCAAAGUUAUCUGCAAGCCUCGGUCUUUAACUUAAAGAACUUAAAGAAUGUAUAUAUAGAUUUUCGUAUAAU